UCCCGAUCCAUCAGGUUCCUACAAAAAGCGUAACAACUUAUGAAGUGAGUAUUAUUUUGAUCGUCACUGUACAUAUUAUAUAACCAUCUUCUUAUACUAACUCAUUGGAUGACUAGAUAAAUUUAAUUAUGUUUAACCCAGAUAUAGAAGACAACUUUUCCCACAAAAUAUGAAAAAUUCUUUGUCAAAACCUAAAAAUACUUCACCACCAGAUGGCCUUAUUACGGGUUCCACUUUAACAUGCCACCACCAUGAAGACAAACCAGGCUUAAAUAUCACUAAUUCCACCCAUAUAAAUCCCACUUCAUGGCAUCUCGAUCCAAAUCAUGCACACAGCAAAGAAAGUUGCAAUAACCCCGACUUGGACUCAACUGAUUUUGAUAAAAUGUCCUCCACCUUUUCCUGCCCCUUUAGUCACACCAAUCCAACCAGCUCUUCCAAAAACAAAUUUCCAUUUAUCAAACGCAAUAAAUUCUCCAGGAACAAUGAAUGCAUGACAGCCCAUGACUGGGAGGCCUACCACAUUGCCCCUCCUAGUGCACCCACCGAUGAUGGGACAGAGUCUUUUUUCUGGCGGGCACACUCUCUCACAGCUCUUUUCUGCCUUUCAGCCUGCCUACUUUACUUUACCGUUAGCUUAGUUCCCCACCAUGACAGCUCCCAGAAUGCCUUGCGUGGGUUUGCUGCUUGUUUGGCUACAUUUUUUUUCUUCGGCGUUACCCAGACCCCUGAUGGCCCGUUCAAGAGACCCCACCCCAUUGUAUGGAGAUUCGUAUUUUGCGCCAGCUUAGUCUACGAGCUUACUCUUAUUUUCUUGUUGUUUCAAGCCCCAGCUGAUGCAAGGUCCAUGCUGAAGUAUAUUGAUCCUGGACUGGGUGUGCCCCUACCGGAAAAAUCUUACGGAGGCGAUUGCAAAAUUUACGAUCCUAUAGGUAACCCUGCUGAUCCAUUUUACAAUCUUAAGGACAAGUUGGACGAAUUCGUACCCACCCAUUUCAUAGGCUGGUGGUUCAAGACCCUGAUUAUCAGGGAUUGGUGGCUUUGCACCGUCAUGAGCGUUAUGUUCGAGUUGUUGGAGUACUCCCUGGCCCAUCAAUUACCCAAUUUUCACGAAUGCUGGUGGGAUCAUUGGAUCCUGGAUGUGCUGAUAUGCAACGGAGCUGGCAUAUACAUGGGCAUGCAGACCCUCAGAUACCUUUCGAUGAAACCGUAUCACUGGAGAGGUAUGUGGAGUAUCCCCACGUACGGAGGUAAACUUAAGCGGGCGGCGGCCCAGUUUAGCCCUUAUAGUUGGAUCCGGUUCGACUGGAGACCGACCGCCAAUCUCACCAGAUGGAUAGCUACUCUCGCCAUAAUCUGCAUAUUCCAGAUGGCCGAGCUGAACACCUUUUACCUCAAAUACGUGCUUUGGCUCAAGCCAACUCAUUACCUCAACCCUGCUAGGCUCAUGUUCUUCUUAUUGGCUGGAGCUGUGGCCACUCGCGAAGCCUUUCAAUACCUAGACGACCCGAAGUGCAAAAAAAUGGGUGCGCAGGCCUGGCUCGUUGGCGCCAUCAUAUUCACGGAAUUCCUCGUGGUAUAUAAAUUUGAUCCCAAUUUAGUGACCAAACCCUUGCCCGAUCAAAUAAUGAUGGUUUGGUUGGUUUCUCUCGCGUGCCUAUCACUUUACACCCUCUGUAAAUUUGUGUUCGUGAUUCCCCCGUCUCUCGAUUGCAGUCAAUUUAUCGCCAGACAUUGGCGGACAAUUGGUAAUAAAGGGGGUGAAACGUAUACCGAGAUUAAGGAGUCUAACGAAAGCGACAUUGAUUCGGACACAGUAGAUACAGCUGUUAAACAAGAUUUACCGGAUGUCAGAGGUGUUCUAACGCGGGGAAUGGAGAGUAGGCGCAGGGUUCCGAAUGGCGAAAUUCGCGGCGUAUCUUGAUGUUUUUUUUAAAAUAUAUUUUUUGUAUGAAUAUGAUUAAUGGGAGAGAGUUCCGG